CAACAACAAAUUUGUGAGGUCACCAGGAAGUUUGACAAAAUGGCUUCAAAGUUAAAAGUCACUUGUCAUUCUGCUUUCAAAUAAAAACAUGGAGGCCGUCAGGGAGGCUGCAAAGAAUAUUGUAGCUGAAAACAAAGAACAAAAAUCAACAGUUGAUAAACUAGCAGAUAUCACUGCUGGGUCUUUUGCUGGUGUUAUUCUGGAAGAUGAGCAAGAUGUUGAGAAAUUCAAGAUUGUUCUAAAAAACAGUGAUAUCAAGCUUAAAGCUUCAGUAAUUGAAUGGAUUGCAGAGCUUGCAAAGACAGAACAAAACAGGAGUAUCUUGACAAGAAGUGGUAUUAUUGGUAUCUUGUUGCACGAGAUUGAAGGCAGUGAUAAUGAAGUUAUGUUGCAGUGCUUCAGGGCAGUUGGGAAUAUUUGCAUCCACAAUGAUGAGGGAAGAAAAGAUGUUUUGAAUUCUGGAUGCAUUGGAAAAAUUUUGGAAAAAUUUAAGUUGAUGGCAGAUCUUUCUGAUAAAGAGCUUGGAAAUUUACCAAAAAUGGCUUAUGGAUGUGUCAAUAACAUUUCAGAUGAAAAUGAAUCAUUGCAGCUGGAAUUGAUAAGUCAUGGAGCUGUUCCUAUAUUCUUCAACUGCUUCAAGUCAUUCACCAGAAAAGAUAAUGAUAUGGCACAGCUCGUCAUGGAAGCUCUUUCAGGCCUAGCGGCAUAUGACGAAGCGAAGGAGCAAUUUAUUGAGCUGCAGAUUGUAGAGGAAUCACUUUCAAUGCUCCCAACAUGCAGUGACAAAAUUGCUAUUGUAAUUCUGGAUUCGUUAUGUGAACUCAUUGAAGAUGAUGAGCUGAGUAGAGUAAUGUGCUCUGAAAAAUGCUUAGUGACACUGAUGAGUUCUGGUAAAUCCAGAGAUUCUUUCAAUAAACAAGACGUUGCUGAUGAUGUUCUCAAAAAGAUUUUCGACACAGUUGUUUUAUUCACUUCAAAUGAAUCAUUUCAAGUUGAUUGUUCUGAGAAGAACCUUCUCAAUUCGUUUUUGGAAUUGUUAGAGUGCGAGAACAAAUAUGUCCAGGCCUCUGGUGCCCUUGCUCUUGGAAAUUAUGCAAGAAACGAUAUGGUUUGCACAGACCUUGUUAAAGAAGGUGUACACGAAGCAUUAAUCAGUCUCUUGAAGACACUAGUGGAUAAAGAGGACACAGCUGAACAAAUGCAAGCUGCUUUGAGUGCCCUCAAGAACAUCGCAAUCCCAGUCGCAAACAAAUCAGUGUUAAUCAGCUUGGACCUCCCGAACAUUGCUGCCAGUGUUGUGAAAACGUCCUCUUCUGUUCUGCAGUUCAAAGCCUUGGCGAUUCUGCGUUUGCUUGUUCAAGGGCAAGCUGACCUCACAGCUCAUUUGUGCAAAGAUAGUGUUUUGCUACAAGCAGUGGCUGAAUGCGCUAAGAAAGAUGUCAUCACGGGACUAUGCGCCGAAGCAAGAAGACUGACUGCUGCUUUGGUUAAAAAUAGCCAGUGUUCAGAUUCUUUCAACGCAAUGCUUGCUAACGAUGCAAUGCAGUCAUUGAUUGGUCUUCUGUCCAGUGACCAUUUCAUAAUGCAGAAUGAAGGUUUGGUGGCCAUCAUAACACUCUUGUCUGCUGGCAAAGAUGCAAUUGAGAAGUUCAUAAAAGCCGAUGGGCUUGAGCAGUCUAUCAAGCUCUUCCAGCAGUCGAUUAGCAAGCCUCAUUUGGUAUACAACUUGAUGACUCUGUUUAGUGCUGUUUGUCAACAAGAGGAAGGAAAGAAUAUCUUGAGAGAGGAAGUGAAAAAAGAUGUUGAAAAAUUGGCUAAUGGGCCCAACGAAAUGGUGCAAAAUCGUUGCAUUGAACUUUUGAAACUCUUGAAUAGUUAGUUUUGUAGAUUUUCUGUAGUAUAAAAAAAUUGUAUCAUGAAAUUUGUACUUCCGAAAUUUUAGCAAUAGCCAUAAAAUUCCUGUAUUCAGAUAAUCGAGUUAGAGCUACAGUGAUAUUCGAAAUUUCGUAAUCAGCUUUCCACAGUCAAUUUUAGUAUUUGUGAAGAUAGUCAACGAUACCGGCAACUCUUUACCUCGAUCGUUUGUGUAUUUGAAAAGCCACGUUAGAGAAACACUUCACCUCUUGAAUGUCUAAGGAUCAUCAGCGAAUUUUCUCCUGUUCUUGAAGUUUCUCCCGUGCCUGAAUUUUCUCCUGUGCCUGAAUUUUUGUUGUUUACUGAAGAGAUUGUUCAGACUGUGAACACUUUUCUAACAGUUAUCCCAGUUUAAAAUGAUCUUUUGUAUCUUUAUUAACUAAAUAUCCCUAGAAAACCUUUUUCUAGUACGAUGACUUAAGUAAUUUAACGUUUCGUGUUAUCAUUUUUUAGCUGAAAAUUGAAAUUUUAUGCAGUUUUGUAUGAUAAUUAUCUGUGUUGGGCGUUGCUUUGUUGAGUUUCUUACAGUUGAAUUUCUCGAUAGAAUGAUCGACGACUCAAGCAAAAA